CUGUGCUUUGACAAAUUAAUAAAAUAUUGACAAUUAACUCAAAUAUUUAUCAAGCGAGAUAUAUUUUGGUAUUCUGUGGCAAUCUUGUUAAAAGUAAAAGCUUCAAUUCGUAAAGCUUUCCCCACACGUAUGGUGAACAAAAUAAUGUAAAUAGAAAACAGCUGAUUUCUAUUCAAAUCAAAAUUCUAUUCGUUAAAAUGGACUGUUCUGCAACGUAAGUUUUCAAAUUUUAGUUAUUAAGAAAAUUUAUAAUUUAACUUUUAUUUGGUAGUAAACCCAAACUCGAUAGAGCUACGCACGAGCAACUGGAGGCAUAUGUUUCGUUUUGCCAAGCACACCCAGAAAUGGGUACGGGGAAAAAUUGCCCAAAAACGCCUCAACAGAUGAAGGAGUUGUGGCAGCAGCUGGCAGAUGAGCUUAAUUCGUGCAGAGGACCAACACGAAGUGCUGCAAAAUGGAAAGAGACGUUAGGCGUUUGGAAAAGCCAACUGCGCGCUCGUGCAAGGCGGUUGAAAAUGAACCAAAGGCUCACAGGUGGAGGUCCAAGUUCCAAACCGAUGACGAACUUUGAGGAAAUGGCUUUGUCUACAUUCGGUUCGGCUGCUGUAGAUGGGGUACAAAAUGUGCAAAGCCUAGGUUUAAAGCCAAUUGAGCAAAGUGAUGAAUGCGCAAUUUCUUCACCCAUGGGUAGUCCUCUACAGAUAUGCAGUCAGGUAGAUGCAACCCCAAAUCCCGAACACCAUCCAGCAAGUCCAUCGACACCACCUACGCAUCUUAGCUUGGAAAACCAGGAUGCAUCAACUUCGGUGCUAUCACGAAAGGCACGUAAUAAGCUUAUCAGCACUUUGAUAGCUGAUAUAUCAAAAAGGAAUGCUGCUGAGGAAGAGAGGCGACGGGAGCAUCGUGAAAUGAUGCAGGCCAUUCAAGGCCUAACUAGUUCUAUAACAGAACUAAUAAAAUCGAUUUCUAAUAAUGUAAAAUAAUAUAUAUAAUAAUAUAAUAAUAUAUAAGUUUAAUUAAAAUUGAAAUAACGUAUGUGUAAUAUUUUUAUUUAAUUAAUAUUUAUUGAAUUUAAUAAGUUUGGUUUUUUGUUUUAUAAUAGAAUAAAAAAA